CCUCAUUUUUGUCCCCACUUAACUUCUCUCUCCCGAUUUUUGGAGAAAGAAAAAGAACUUUCAACUGUCUGGACCGUUCCCUCUUAGGUAAUAGAACGAAAGGUCCAGCCCUGCAAGAAAGUCGUGGCGGAACUUUCCAGUUUCCAGUAUGGGAGUGCCGAGCGACGACGCCGUUGUGAUCCAAAAGGGCAAAGUUUCGGGAGAUCCUCAUGUGAUUACAGUUAAUUGUCCUGAUAAAACCGGCCUCGGAUGCGAUAUUUGCAGAAUAAUUCUUGAAUUCGGGCUUUACAUUGCAAAAGGAGAUAUCUCAACUGAUGGAAGAUGGUGCUACAUAGUAUUAUGGGUGGUUCCUCGGUCUGGUUCGAUUAUUGUAAGGUGGUCAAAUUUAAAGAACCGCCUAUUAUCUGCAUGCCCCUCGUGUUUAGUGUCAUUUUACUUGGCCCAGCAGCCUACAUGCCCUCCAUCUUCACCAGUUUACUUAUUGAAGUUCUUUUGCCUUGACCGCAAAGGAUUAUUGCAUGAUGUUACUCAAGUUCUUUGUGAGCUUGAGCUUACAAUUCAAAGGGUGAAAGUGACGACGACACCAGAUGGAAGAGUCUUGGACCUCUUCUUUAUAACAGAUAACAUGGAACUCUUACACACAAAACAACGACAGGAUGAAACGUGUGAACAAUUGCAUGCUGUGUUAGGUGAAUUGGGCAUCAGUUGUGAACUUCAGUUGGCAGGUCCAGAGUAUGAAUACAAUCAUGGUGUCUCUUCCUUGUCUCCUGUGGUGGCUGAAGAAUUAUUUAGGUCUGAGCUAUCACAAAAAGAAACCCGAUCACAAGCCCUUAGCCCAGAUAUGACAAAAUUGAAGAAAGCAAAUGUCAUAAUUGACAAUUCACUAAGUCCAGCUCAUACAUUGCUGCAAAUACAUUGUGUCAAUCACAAGGGACUCCUUUAUGACAUAAUGAGAACAUUGAAAGACUGCAACAUGCAGAUAGCUUAUGGUCGAUUCUCACCAAAUUCCAGAGGCUAUCGAGAUUUGGACCUUUUUAUUCAGCAAAAGGAUGGGAAAAAGAUUGUGGAUCCCGAUAAGCAAAGUGCACUUUGUUCCCGUUUAAAGGAGGAAAUGCUUCACCCAUUACGUGCGAUCAUAACAGAUCGAGGUCCAGAUACUGAACUUUUGGUUGCUAACCCUGUUGAGUUAUGUGGAAAGGGAAGACCACGAGUUUUCUAUGAUGUUACACUUGCUCUAAAAGUACUUGGGAUCUGCAUAUUCUCGGCUGAAAUUGGAAGAUAUUCAACAGCAGAUCGUGAAUGGGAGCUGUACAGGUUUCUUUUAGACGAAAAGUGUAGAUUUCAAUUAUCUAAUAUGGUAGCUAGAGAACAUAUUGUAGAUAGAGUUAGAAGAGCAUUAAUGGGCUGGUGAGUUUAUUUAUUUUCUUUGCAUCCUGAUUAUGUUUCCAUCAAAUUAUCCACCAAGCCAUAUAUUGGGUUCUAAUGAUCCUGACCAACUAGUUGAGUGAAAUAAUCCUUGUUAACAACUGCAUGUACAUGGUUUGUAUUCUUGUGUAUCUAAUUAUCUAUGCAUUUUGGGUGCGAAUCGCUUUUAAUAUUUCGUUACUGAUGGACGAUUCUGAUAUAAAAACAUGAAACUUUAGCCCGUCUAAUGCUAUCAAGUGAUGUGAUGCUUGGAUUUUGUACGAGGGACUUGAAAGAUAUAGCUUUAGGUGUCCCAGUUACAUGCCGUGUCAUGUAAAAUUGUAGCAAAAGUAUUCUGCUGUAACUUCAAUUAAGAUCUAAUGGUAAAGCUCUGUGAUAAUUAGUUAAAGGAGUAAUGUUAUAAUUAUUGAAGAG